ACAAAAGAGUGAGAGUUUAGGGUAUUAUUAGUUUUGCGUAUGGCGGUGAUCCAAGAGGAAUCCCCCGGCGAAAACGGUUCCAAAUCACGCCCGGAUUCGGCAACGGGAUAUGGUUCGGAAGGCUACGAGACCGCCAGUGAUACUGAGCUGAAUGAUGACGACGCUUCGGAUUCUAAUCAUCCGUCUCGGAAUCAUGAUAAUCGAGAUGGCGCUAGUACUUCCGAAAACGGCGAUGCUGAGGUAAGCCGUGGGGAGAAGGAAAAGAAGAUGGUGGAGAAGGCUGACGCCGCCGGCGAUGCUGAAGACAAUGAGAAAGCCUUAGAGCGAGCAAAUGAUGCAAAACUUGAGGGGAAUUCAUUGUUUAAAGAUGGACAAUAUGAAGAGGCAUUGUCAAAGUAUGAGUUUGCCGUACAAAUUGCACCUGAUGGUCCUUCAUCUACGGAUUUACGAUCCAUUUGUCAUGCCAAUCGAGCUGCGUGCUACUCCAAACUGGGUAAAUAUGAGGAGACCAUCAAGGAGUGUACAAAAGCCUUGGAGCUGAAUCCUUCAUACAUGAAAGCUAUUGUCAGAAGAGGGGAGGCUCGUGAGAAGCUUGAACAAUAUGAAGAGGCUAUUGCUGAUAUGAAUAAAAUACUGGAAUUGGAUCCAUUGAAUGACCAAGCUAAGAGAACAAUCAUCCGACUGAAGCCACUGGCAGAAGAGAAGCGGGAGAAGAUGAAAGAAGAGAUGAUUGGAAAACUGAAAGAUAUGGGGAACUCGAUCCUGGGGCGGUUCGGUAUGAGUGUAGACAACUUCAAAGCUGUUAAAGAUCCGAACACGGGCUCCUACUCGAUUUCAUUUCAAAAAUAGAGGUAGUUGCUGUCUUGGUGCCUAAUUAUCUAUUCUUCAAAGCCAUAGGGAGAGUGUGCAUGAUUGAUCAUUAACUUUGCUAUUGAAUGCUACUUAUAUGACUGAAUUAUUGCUGUUUUUAUUU